CAGAGGAAGUGGUCCACCACUGCAGGAAGCAGGAAGCUGUAGCUGCUGAGUCCAAGGCAGAAGCCCAGGGACAGAGGGAUGGAGUCCGUAGCCCUGUACAGCUUUCAUGCCACCGAGAGUGACGAGCUGGCCUUCAACAAGGGGGACACGCUCAAGAUCCUGAACAUGGAGGAUGACCAGAACUGGUACAAGGCCGAGCUCCGAGGAGCCGAGGGUUUUGUUCCCAAGAACUACAUCCGUGUAAAGCCACACCCGUGGUACUCGGGCAGGAUUUCUAGGCAGCUGGCCGAAGAAACUCUGAUGAAGCGCAACCACCUAGGAGCCUUCCUGAUCCGGGAGAGCGAGAGUUCCCCUGGCGAGUUCUCAGUCUCUGUGAAUUAUGGCGACCAGGUGCAGCACUUCAAGGUGCUUCGAGAGGCCUCAGGGAAGUACUUCCUGUGGGAAGAGAAGUUCAACUCCCUCAACGAGCUGGUCGACUUCUACAGAACCACCACUAUCGCCAAGAGGCGGCAGGUCUUCCUGUGUGACGAGCAGCCACUGCUCAAGCCGCCCCGGGCCUGCUUUGCCCAGGCCCAGUUUGACUUCUCAGCACAGGACCCAUCUCAGCUUAGCCUCCGCCGAGGUGACAUCGUGGAAGUCGUGGAGCGUGAAGACCCGCACUGGUGGCGGGGCAGGGCCGGCGGGCGCCUGGGCUUCUUCCCACGCAGCUACGUGCAGCCGGUACACCUGUGACCCCACAAGACCAGAGGAGCGAUGCUCCGGGCGCAGCUUCUUCACACUAACCAGGACCGGCGUCGGUCACCUCUAGGCUGGGAGCGCAAGCUUCCCCGCUUCCCUCCCGGUGGUCUCCGGGGUUGGUGAUGUCACCCGCCACCACCGAGGCCCACCCUCUCCAGAUCUGAGGACCAACUGCUACUGGCUGGGGCCCAGCUCGGAGAGUGCUCCCCUUGAGCAGCUGCCUGCCGCCAGUCUUCUAGAGGCCCUUCUUCUGGGAAUGUGGCUUAGCCCUGGGCAACCAUGAUUUUCAGAGUGCAGAGCAGUUCCUCCUACUCCAAUAAGACCUCCUGGCCUUACCCCACCAGCCCUGGAAUGAGGCGAUACAGAGGUGAAUCCCAUUGGAAGAGGUGCAAUAAGGACAGAUGCCAUGCAGUGGGUUCUCUCCUGUUGGCUAUAGGCAGAGACCAGCUUGGAGGCCUGGGCUAUGCCAUUUGGGGAGGAAGAGCCGGCAUUGACUGAACUGAAGUCCAAGGGGGUGGUCCCUGGCCAUGGAGGGACUCUGAGCUGCCUCUGCCCAGAGCCAGAGCAACCUUCAGAUUUCGAAAACUGAGUCAGAUUUGGCAGGGCCUGGCAUGGUGAAGGGCUUUAGGGGAGACAGACAGACAGACAGACAGGUUGUCUUUGGUCCCUUGAAGAGCCCAGGCUACAGACACCUGAGGUUCUCCCUGAGUCCAGGGCUGGCCCAAGACCCUUUAAGCUGUGAGCUUGGCAUACCCUAUGCUUCCAACCUGAACCCACGUAUUGAAAAUAAAACAUUAACCAGUGGACACCUAACAAAA